AUGGCAAUCACGAAGCUCAGUCAGCCAGCCUCCUCUCAAACACAGAUACUGAAAAGGUUUUUCUUUGACUGGUCGACUCACGCGAAUAUCCCAUCUGGACAGACUUUGUCUUGGUAUGGCAGCCUUCCUCAGAUAUACUUGAACUCCAGCGUAGACAGCCUGCUACACAAGUCGGUCAAUGCCCUAGCAAAUGCUAGCUACGGGCAGAGAUUCAACUCUUAUCAAGCACUUAAGGAUGCAACUAAGCUAUAUGGAGAGUCAAUCCAUAUGCUGAGGGAUAAAAUGCAUGGUGUUAUUGAUUCCUCUCACUACUAUGAAGUCAUGAACUCUAUUAUGUUACUUAGCAUAUACGAGGGAUUGGUAGAUGAGUCCAUUGCGCUCGAAGGCUCUUGGGUGUCGCAUAUCAGUGGAGGCUGUACCCUGUUAGAUCUACGCGGGCAAGGCAAGAUCAUAGACUCUCCUGCAGAAUAUGAGAUAUCUAUACUUAUCUUCAUGCAAAUGAUUCAUAUUGGCCUUGUGACUGGCCAAGGCCUUUCGAUAUCAUGGGAAUCGGUAAAGGAGCUAUGUUUGCCACGGCUGCCUUACUUCUACACGCAUACACAUUUGAUCUAUCAGUCUGCAUGUCUUUGCAUGGAAUGGAGAACCGCUUUGUUGACGUACAAAGCGGAUCGAGAUAUCGCACAGCUAUCUGCCAUCACGUCUCAGGCCUUGGCUUUAGACAAACAGCUUGAAGAGUGGUCUACGAGUCUGCCUCCUUCCUCAAACUAUACGGUGGAAUCUGCAUUGGCCGAUACCCAGCUUGAGUGGUUGAGACCUUUACUCAAUACACCGUGGAGGCCUCUCCAUUUGCAUAAAUACUCAACGCUUUCGAACCAGAUCCUUUGGCGAUUCUACUGGAUGGUUCGAACUAUCCUCAACCAGGCCCUUUUGUUCACCAAUAGCAUACUUGAACAAAGCAAAGCAACGCCCAGUCCGAUUCUCAGCCAGACCGAAACGGAAUCUAAGCUCAUUUCGUUUACGGAUAGCUUAUGUGAAUCUUGCCUCUCGACUUUCGUAAAUAUCGUCAAGGAAGAUCCGCAAUAUUACAGAGCCGGAGCUAUUCCAAGUGUAUUAGGUUACCUAACUCUGCAAGUUUUGCCCACUCUUAGCUUAUGUCUCGAGCAAGUUGAUAUUACUGGGAUUGAUCUCUCGAGCAGAAGAGAAUGGGUAGCCAGGAUGAGGCAUUUUCUGCGGGCCAACCUUGGUAUUGCCAAAGGUGUAACAGCAAUACCCCCAUCUCUUGAAAGUAAUAUUCCGAUCCAGAUUUGGGGGUUCUCAUAG